AUGCGGGAACCUUCAAGAGAUAGGCGCGACCGUGACAGGCGGGAUAGGGAUAAGGAUAGAGACGGGGAUAAACCGAGAGAAAAUGAGAAGGAGAGGAAUGGGGACCGCGCAGGGCCUUCACGUCGCUCUCGUUCCCGAUCGCCGCGAAGUCGGUCUAAUAGGCCUGGGUCACGGUCGCGCUCCCCGGAGAACAAAGCGAGACCGAAUUUUAACCAGUCAGGCUUGCUCGCUGCUGCGACAAACACUGUCACAGCGGCAGACGGCUCAAACACGGUAUUGAAGUAUAACGAGCCGCCAGAAGCUAGGACGCCCUUACUUGGGUGGAGACUCUACGUGUUUAAGGGACAGGAUCAAGUCGAGUUGUUACAUAUAAACCGCCAGAGCGCAUAUCUGAUCGGCAGGGACAAGACCGUCGCUGAUAUUUUUAUUGACCAUCCUUCAUCUUCCAAGCAGCACGCUGUAGUCCAGCAUCGACAAGUUCAGGAGAGAGAUGAGUUUGGAAGCACUAAGGCUGUCAUCAAACCGUUUAUAAUAGACCUGGAAUCGACCAACGGUACGCACGUCAACGGCGAACAAAUCCCGACGUCCAGAUUCUAUGAGCUCAGAGCGAGUGAUGUCAUCAAGUUUGGCUUGUCGACUCGCGAAUAUGUGCUCUUACACGAUGAUGCAGCAUAA